AACUACUACCCGGUGACACCCCCUCCGUACCUCCCGAUGAUAUCAAACUCACGCCCACCCCCCCAAAAGCUCACACGACCCUCCAUCCCUCCAUCAAAAACAAAAACUGAGACAAUCUCUCUAGAUGGCAAUCCCAUUGGCCAUGGCCGCGGACGCCAACUCAACCAACCCUCACCCCCAUCCCCUCGAUACUCCCGACGAUCAUCUCUUCUAUCUAUGCUGGCGCCGCCAGUCAUGUGACUACUGCCUCCAGGGUGAUCUCCCCUGUGGCUGGUGCGCGAUCUCCUCAGCCUGCGUGCCUAAUCCCUCCAGGGUGCCGAUUUUGGCCCCCUUCGGCUCGUCGGAGAUGUGUCCGCUGGGGUCCAAGGAGCGAUGGGAGCUGAGGGCGCUGCCGUUCGGGUGUCAUGUUAGCACGGUUACGUUCCUCACGGGCGUCGGGGGUGUGCUGGGGACGAUGGCGGCGUUUGGGCUGGUGGUGUUUCUGGCGUGGGCUGGAAGGCGGGUGGUUGGGUGGUUGGCGGAGAGGAAGUCUUGUGUUGGGCGUGGUGGUGGUGAUGAGGCUCAAGGUGCUUCAUGGGGUAGUGGUAUGGGGGUCUUGAGACGGCGGUUGGGAUUCUCCUCGGCGAGGAGGGGUGGUGGUUGGGUUGUUCCGGGGGAUGAGGAGGAUGAGUUGCGGGGUGGUGCUGGGGAUGCCGAGAGGAGACCUUUGCUGGGGGGGUUGGGUUGAGUCUCUGCUUUUCUCCGGGGUGGGGUCUAUAUAUAAGCUGGUCUGGGCAUUAAUGUAUCCGUGCUAUCUUGACUAUCUUUGAUGUAUCUGAUGGAUUAUGAGGUUUGACGCCGUUAUCUAUUC